AUGAUCCUCAACUUCAACAUUCAGAUCCGACAACCUUCUGCGAAUAAUCCUCGAGAUGUUUCUUUAUUAACCUCUGUGGCCAAAACACUCUUCUAUGAGACCUUUCGGGAGGAUAAUUCCGAGGAAAAUAUGAAAGCCUAUUUGGAGCAGGCUUUCAAUUUGACUCAACAAAGCCAGGAAUUACAGGAUCCCAACACUUUUCUUGCUUUUAUUGAAAUUGAUUGGGAUCAUUCCUUGGAGGAAUAUUUAAAACAACAGAAAUGUCCUCCAGAGAGAAUUAACUAUUUAGAAUCACUCAUGUCCUAUGUGGAAGAGGAAGAGGAAGAGGAAAAGAAUGCCAACUACAAUUCGGAACACAAGAAACUGGUCAUUGCCUAUUGUAAAUUGAAAUGUGGAUCUUUUGAACCUUGUUUGAAAUAUCAAGGCAAGGAAACGAUUGAACUUUGUCGAUGUUAUGUAUUGAAGGAAUUUCAUGGAACAUGUAUUGCUCACAAACUCAUGGAAGAAUGUUUACGAGUGGCGAGAGAAGAAUUUGGAGGCUCUUGUAAAUCAGUGUGGUUAGGAGUUUGGGAGAAGAAUGCACGAGCAAAAAGAUUCUAUGAAAAGUACAAGUUUGAAAGAGUGGGAGAACAUGUUUUUGUGCUUGGGGAUGACCCACAACGAGAUGAAAUCUAUGAAUUAAUUUUGCAUCCAUAA